AUUUUCUUCUGUUACCUUGGAACGCGGCUUGCAACGAUGACACAAGAAGGUGAAGAGCAGAGAAUCUCCUCUACAGUUACGGAGGAGAGAGGAGAUGAAUCCGAUAGAGGUACGAAGCGUCGCCGGGAGGAUGAACCGAACGCUGGUGCCGUUGGCGAAGCUCCUCCAGAUUCGGCGGCGGAUCACCAAUCGCUGAAGCGUAUGGCGAAACCUCAGGAUGUGUUGUUCAGGAUAGUCGUCCCUUCGAGGGAGAUAGGGAAAGUGAUUGGUAGAGGAGGUUGUCGAAUCCAAAAGGUCAGAGAAGAGACUGGGGCCAUGAUUAAGAUUGCAGAUGCCAUUGCCCCAUAUGAAGAGCGGGUAAUCAUUAUCAGUUCCGCGGACAGUGAUAGCCAGGUUUCUGAUGCAGAAAAUGCACUUCAUCAUAUAGGCAGGGUUAUUCUCAUGGAUGAUGAUGUCAAUGUUGUUGCAUCAAUUGGUGUGGGACAGGUUGCUGUCAAAAUGAUUCGGUUGCUGAUUGCAGGGUCACAGACAGGUUCUUUGAUUGGGGUGUCUGGCCAGAAUAUUGAGAAAUUAAGGAAUUCAUCUGGCACCAAUAUCAUGAUUUUGGCUCAAAAUCAGUUCCCUUCAUGUGCUUCUGCUCAUGAAUCUGAUCGCUUGGUGCAGAUAACAGGUGCUGUUCCAGGAGUACUGAAAGCCUUGGUGGAUAUUGGCUGUCUAUUGAGGGAAAAUCCACCAAGAAAAGUUGUUUCAGUCAAACCGGCGUACAAUUUUAAUCCAAAUCAACCUUAUAUGGCCCCAACUCCAGGGCACCCACUUGCAGCUGAUUAUUUAACCUUUGAGAUGAUGGUUCCGGAGACAAUGGUUGGUGGCUUGAUCGGCAAGUGUGGCUGCAACAUUUCAAGGAUCAGAACUGAGUCUGGAGCAACGGUCAAGGUUGCUGGUGCAAGGGGUGAACAAGCUCAGAGGCUAAUCCAACUUGCUGGUAGCGCACAACAGGUAAAUCUUCCUCCAUGGUUGAGUACGGUUGAUGUCUGUGAGUACUAAUUAGUCUAAGGCAAUGGAGACUGUGAUAUAGGUCUCAUAAGUGAGUGAUAUUGGGUGACACUGUUGAUAUGAUUGAGUCAACAUGACACUAGAAUCUGUAAGGGCCUGUUUGAUAAUGUUUCCAAAAAAAAAAAAAAAUCCAUUUUUUUGUAUAAGAAACAUGUUUGAUGGCACUGCUGUGUUAAAAAACAGUUUUGAAAAGAUUUGUUUUCUAAUAAGAUUUUUGUCAUGUUCUCCCAAAAAAAAAAAGGUUUGAAACAAAGUUUUUUUCUGCUUCUGUGGUAGAGUUUUAUGUAAAGCAAUUUACACGAGGAAAUAGGAGGGCUGUAUUGUC